AUGUCCAAAGACACACCAAAACUAGUGGAACAUACGUUAACCACGCUAUCGAAAGUAAUAGAGUCGGAUACAAAUGUAUCUACAAUUGACUUGAACCUCCUCGAGAAUCUCAACACCAAUCAAUCACUAAACUAUAUCAAAUUGGAAAAUAACUUGAACGAACUCGAAGCAAAUGGCAAACAUUUGGAACUUCUAAAGAAGGAAUUUGACCAGCAUUCACAAUUAUUGGUGGAUAUAGAGAAGAAAGUGACUAAAAUUGAAGCAAUCAUAAGUGAGCUCGAUAGCUGGUCUAAAGAGCUUGAAACAGAUUUGAAAAAAUGA